CAAUAAUAUAAUAAUGGAUUUAAGAGAGGAAGAUCAAUAAAAUUAAGUAGAUUUAGAUUAAUUAGAUGAUAUCUCAAAUCAAAAUGGAGCUUUUGUAUAGAAAAUAAAUGAAUUCUAAGAUAUUGCAGCUGAAAAAUAUGAUGACAUUAAUCAAAUAAUGAAUUAUAGAAUGAGGGUAGUAUAAGAGAAAUUAGGAUUUACUGGAGAAAAAUCUUAAGUUUAUUAAUAAGCAGCUCUAUUUGUUGCUGUAAUGUAGUUAAUAAUAGCAACAUUUCUAUCAAUGUUAAUUUCAUAAACAACAUUUUUAGGUUAUGCAUGGACAUUUAUUCCUUGGCUCUAAUAUGUAUUUAUUAUAGCAUAUCUAUCCACAAUUAUUGCUAUAUAAUAUUUUACUGAAAAGAUAUACCAGGUAAUAUAUUAUUGAAAUCUAAAUUAAAGCAAAGAUAUAAUUUUGGAGUGUUUUGCAUUUAUACAAUUUCUAAGAUCAUUUUAGUCGUUUUUAUAUCCAUUUGGUUCUUUGAUAUUAGGUUAGAAAUUUUCUUAGUUGCAUUAGUUGCAAUAUAAGGAUAUUUAGCACUUAAAAUAAAUGUUCCUACUUAAAAAAAUGAAGAGUUUGAUUUAAAAGUAAAAGAUUUAUGGAAGAAGAUGACAAUAUAUUAGCUUUGUGUAUCUAUUUUCUUAGUAUCAAUUGCUCUUAUUCAAGAUGUAUUUUAAUAAUCAUCUUAUUUGGUUGGACCAUUAGCGUUUAUAUUAACUCUAUUGUUAGGAUUUUACACUAUAUUAUGCUUAUAGAGAUUUAAGGAAUAUUCAUUUCAUUAAAAAAAUAAAACUUAAACUCCUACUCAAUAAUCAUCAAUUAGAAGUGAAAAAGAGGCAGAAAAUAUGAAAUAAGUUUCAGAAUAAGGAAUAGCAGUAUAAUCUAUAAAGAGUUUUGCUGAUUGA